GAAAACUCUUUGGAUAUGGCCGAUAAUCAAGAAGCGUGCGCUGGAAAGAUUCUGAGAAUCGCUGGAGCCGUCAUCCUGCCCAAUCUGGGCGGCAUUGUCAACGGUCAGCUGACCCGGAGGAAUCUCACCAAUUGGUAUGCAAACCUGAAGUUUCCGUCGUUUAAGCCGCCCAACUGGGUGUUUGCCCCUAUGUGGACAUCGCUGUACGCUGGCAUGGGCUACGGCUCCUACCUGGUGUGGCGCGACGGCGGCGGAUUUGGAGGCGAAGAGGCACGUCUGCCCCUGAUUGCCUAUGGCACCCAGUUAGCCCUGAACUGGGCCUGGACGCCGAUCUUCUUUGGCCAGCACAACAUCAAGGGCGGGCUUAUUGAUAUCAUCGCUCUGACGACGACUGCCAGCGCUUGCGGUGUUCUCUUCUACCGUGUCAACAAAGUCGCCGGAUUGCUCUUUGUCCCCUAUGUGGCCUGGCUGGGGUUCGCCACGGCUCUGAACUACGCCAUGUGGAAGCUCAAUCCGCAGAAGCAGGCGGCGGAGGAGGAGAAGCCCUCGACCAGUCAUGCCAAGCCGAACUAGGCGUGGGGCGGAGGCUGCAAUUGUUUUUAUUGAAAAUGUAAUUGCACAAAAAUAAAUGAAAUAUCGAUA